ACACUACAUCAGUGAAGCCACCCUACAAACAAUUUUAUAGCACUUUCACUUAUGUUCAAUUUCAAAGGCUUAAUUUGUUACUUAGCCAACCCUCAACAACCAUCAAAAUAUGGCGUGAUUUUCUUAAAAACAUGAGUUUUAGAUCGCAACUUCAUAAAAAGUUCGAAAGACACAAGUUAUUUAACACAGGUUAUUUAAGCCACCAUUAUCGCUGUCAUUCUCAAAAGCAAUCUCCUCUCCAUCCUUCUCUUCUUCCUCCUCGUCAGAAUCAAAUUCGUCAUAGUGGAGCCCUCUUAUUCUUGCACUCCUAUGAAUUUCAAGCGAUUCUCCAGUUACCAUUUUAUCUAUAAGAGUGUGGUAUACGAUUCAUAAUAUGACAUGGUAUUAGAGCUGGUUUGAUCAAGUGGUCAUGUAUUCAAAUCUCCACAACCACCCAAUAUCAAUAGUUGAUUAAAACACAAGGUAUGGUGGACUUGUGCAAACUUCAAGCUUAUGAGUUCACUUUCAUUUGUUGGAGCGUGUAAGAGUAUGAUAUAAGAUCAAUUGAGACUAAUUGGUUUAUGACAUUAUCUGUCACUGUAAUCAAUGAUCCACAAUCUCUUUCCCCAUCCUAAUCAUUCAUUUGUCCGCCCAGCUAAGCACUUUUUUAUGGAGCACCUAAGCACUUUUAAAUUUGAUUAAUCACACUUCAGGCCGAUUAUUUGUGUUUAGAAGUCGCCUAACUACACCUGGCUCAGAUUUAAACGCGUCUACAUACUUCUUAAACCCAGUGUUUGAUUAUGAAUAGGGAUAACAACAAAAUCCGAACCCAUGGGUACCCUACCCGAUCCAACUUGGUUAACGCUGGUAAAACCCGCGUUGACGGGUUUUGGAUCGGAUUCGGGUUAAACAUGUUUACUAUUCACCGGAUUGGGUUGAGUUUGAGUUUAGGUAUAUUCGUCCCAUGGAUACCCGCCCACACCCAUAUAAUUAAUAUUUCCGGUAUAUUUAAUAUUCUAAGCAACUAAUCUUCUUUAUGUUUGUGGAGACAUGUCUAACUUUUUCUUUCUAAUUGUGUAGAAUGAAGUUGAUAUUAUCGAGUAGAUAGUGAAUAAGCUUAAUUGACAAAGAGGAAGAAACUUUCAAUUAAUCAUAUUGUUUAUGAAUAAUUUGUGAUUUGCUUCAAUUUUCUUGAGCUUUCUAAAUUGGUGUUGAACAAUUUGUAUGGUUAAUUUGUGAUUUGCUUGAAUUUUCUAGAAUUAUAUAUAGAUAAUUUGUAUUGAGAGAUUGAUAUUUGACUUUUAUUUUGAUAGAACUUGUUAUUGUAAAAAUUUUACGACAAAACCCAUGAGUAUCCAUGAACCCUCGAAUACCCAGCGGGUUGGGUUGGAUUUGAGUUUUCCAAACCCAAUGAAUUUUACCCCAUUUUUUUCAUAAAUAAAUCCAUGAGUUUGAGUUUGGCAAAAUCCGACCCAACCCGACCCAUUAACAUCCCUAAUUAUGAGAGGGUUCUCCCACUCGAAGGUUACGAACAACCAUGGUCAAGUUUGUGAUGGGAGAGUUGAGUCCCUGCAUUGUUUUUCCCCACUCGAAGCAGAAGCAAAGGCGUUAUGGUUGGGUUCUCGUUUGGCUGUUGAGCUCUCUUCUCCUUGCAUUGUUCUGACUGACUGCCUUUCCUUGGUGAAGGCUCUCCGAGGACAGUUUCAGAGCUGGCCUUGGCGGGCAGCAGCAUGGCUUGGCCGCAUCAAGGUUUUGACCGCUUCUCAUCCAAUGAUCAUGAUUGACCACAUCAAGAGGAAAAGGAACUCCAAGGCGAACUGUGUAGCUAAAUCUUGUGCGAGAAAACAAUUACCCAAUGAUUGGAUUCAUAUCCUUGAUGUUGGUGCCCCUCUCCUGUAACGCAUGGCUUUUGCCACAAGUAAUGAAAACUAGUCGCAUUGCCCGCGCUCCGCGCUGGGACAUGAGAUUAUAAAGUCGUACUUAUUUGGGUAUCAAAAUACAGUGUUGAGACAUAAUAUUCACUUUAAUGACACUAUGAUUACUUUUAAAGCUUAAUACUGAGGUUAUUUGACCGACUUAAUAGAAUGAGCACAAAUUAAUUUGAUUAAGGAAGAAAAAAAAUUGAAAAAUGCACUUCUUUAAGUGAAAUUUGGACACUCAAUCAAAUAGUGACUCUUGGUUUGUACAAUGCGUUGUACGUUUAUUUUUGACACUCAUUCAAAUAACUGUUCACAACGCAAAAUGAAUACAAUGGCAGGUUCACACGUAUUUCGAUCAUUGAUGACCCUGCUAAACAUUGGCCAUGGCUUAAUCAAGGAAAACACUUUAAAUAUAACCUUUUUUGGGGUGACUUCAGACAUAACCGAAGAGAACAAAAAAGUAACUUUGGUAGUUAAGCAAUUGCUCAGAACACUUAAGUCUACACAUAAUAUAAUACGCCGAAGGGAAAAACGGGAGUCCCAUUUCAAAUUUCCUGCAACGAGAGUGAAAGUAGGAAGGACAUUUUGGUCUUCACAAUUACUUUUUUUUAUUCAUUAAAAAAACACGUACUGGGAUUCGAACCAUGACCAUUUUAAAAAAAAAGCAAGGAUAAUAACCAAUCACACUAAGCACAUUUGUUAUAUCUUUUUAAAUUAAAAACAUAUAAUAGCAGGGAGGAAAAAAUCCUUCCCCCAUUUCAAAUUCCCUACUCCAUGAGCGUUUGUAGGAAUGGUAGAAUAGGGAGUGUCAAUUUUUUUUCUCUUUCCUCUGUGGAACGGGCCAACUUACCGUACACAUGUGAAUUUAAACGGGUCCAGGAGUGUCAAUUUUUUUUCUUUAAGCCAUUUUAUUUCUCCGUGGUGACAAAAUAUAUAUGAAAAGGUAAAAAUAAUACUCCUUUUUAUUGUUAAAAAUAAAACAUUUAACAAUAAACUAAUGCAUGGUAUCUAAUGGGCUAACCGCCAACCAUAAAAUAAAAGAGUUGAAUGUGCCUGACCUACAUGGGAUUUGACCAUCAAGUAAAAUAAAUGAACAUCAUUGGUUUGUCAUUCUAAAAUAAGCUAAUUUCUCUGACAUAAUAUAUAUUAUGCUAUUAAUUUAUAUCUUAGUGGCUAAAAUAUAAUGUAUUUUAAAGUUAUUCAAUGGUUCAACCUCGACCAACACAAUUAGUCCAAUUUUUAUCAUUUCAAAUAUAUAUUUUAUAAUUAUUUGAUAUCAUAAUGAUCAAAUUAUAGUGUAUUUUAUAGGGAAUAGUUUGGUAUUUGUUAGUAAAAAAUUAACAUAAAGAUCUAUUUGAUUAUUUAAAACAUUAUAACGAUCCUAAACAUUUUCAGUUCCUUUUGAAUUUCUAUGGUUUUAUUCCCGAAUAAGUGAUGUGCAAAUGGCGAAUUGUAGUCGUCUCUUUUCUUUCACUAUUUUUUAUUUUUCAAAUAGAAAGUUUAAAAGUAAAGAAUAAUUAGAAUUUGGCAUGGGUCGUCAAACAGGCUGAAUUUCAAGUUUUGGCCCGUUUGUUUUAUGCAUUGCAAAUUUAUUUGCAUUUUGAUGGAAAUGGCUUGGAAAAAAGACAUAUAAGUUGUACCUUUGCAGAAAUGUCCUCAAAUGUUUUAAUGCUUUGUGAAUCAGGUUCUGUGACUUUUGUGAUGGUGUAUGUGCUUGACAAUUGCUCGAUGUUGUAACUGCUUAAUUUGAGAGUAAAUCUUUUGAUUUUCCCUAUGAGUUGUGAUACCAGUUCUGGUGGUUGCAGCAUGUUGUCGUUGUUGGCCUGUAAAAGUUGUUCCGCCGUGGUGCUAAAUACCUUUCUUUCUUUUUUAACAAAUUGUGUAGUAGUGC